CCAACUUCUGAAGAGCUUAUCGCCAAAUACGCCGACAACCCCGAAAAUCUGGACAACGGUCAGCCGAACGUCAACAUGGACGAUGUUACGUCGGCUGAUCCCCGGGAUCCGGCUCUUCCUCAAGCUUCUGAAGAACCUCGUCCUUCCUCACCUCUUCCGACUGCAAACCCGCCUGUACUUCGAGUCCAAGUUCCGCCCUAUGAGCCCAACUUCGGCGACUUCCGGACUGUCAAACGUCGUUUCUAUGACACGUCAGCGUUUUGUCAUCAAGCCUGGGCCUACUUCCUUAUUCACUGCAUCGACGAGUGGGACGAGCUGGACGAUGAUAGUCGGUAUACUCUGACGGUGGAGCUGCUUGCCGACCUUCGGAGCCGUGGGACUUAUAAGCAGUGCCGGGCAGAGGAUCCUCUUCUCGUUAUCUUCACCGACUGUUUGAAGCGGAUGUUGGAGUAUGGGGAAGGGGAAUAUAAGUAUACCGGGGACACGAGCGUGGAUACGGUGUGCCGGACUCAAGCCAACGGGGUGUCUUUUGCCGAGUGGAUUUUGCGCAAGGAGCCACAGUAUGCUUCUAAGGUGGUCCGCGAUGAUAUCGUCUACUUCUGGCUUCGUCUGGAGCGCUUGGUGAAACACAGUAUCCGCUUUUACGACGACUGGGCAGCAGUCAUUCCGUCAGCACGUUCCGUGAGACGGCGUUCUUCUGAGACAGCGCGGGAGCAAUCGGUUGUGCCCCCUUCGUCUUUAGCGCUGGCUGCUGCUCAGCAGAUGGCGUCAGUUUCUCUAGCUUUGCCUUCCUCUUCCACUUCGCACCCAGUCUCCUCUGUACAGGCAGCCUCUAUCUCGAUACCUGCUGCAGUCCCAGUUGCAGCAGUUGUUCUUCCUUCAGCUGCGGUGCCCCCAGCUUUGUCUCCUCCCUCGACUUUUCCGCAACCAGCUUCUCAGCCAGUCAGCGUACAGCCGACUCGGUCUUCUGUUUCUUUGCGUCUCUCCAUUCCUCCCGGCUAUACGCCAGCCAAGCCUCCUUCUGCAGAUCCGCAGCCGCAGUCAAGCCGACCCAUUACUUUUCGUCGCAUCAAUUCGGAGCCAGCUUAUGUCAAAGAGGAGCGGGCGUUUAUUGUGGAGCCCGCUGAACAACAGCCUAUCCGCCAGCACACCUUCGAGCAAGAGCUUCAUAUGUUAGACGCCAGGCAUGGGCGUGUUAUUAUCCUCAACAUCACCAACGAUCACCCUCACGGCGAUCUGGGGAUCAGUGUCUUCUAUAUUCGAGCAGAUGAGUAUCUCGAUUGCGCCCUCCACGACCGUCCACACCAGGAUAUCAUUCUGACCGAGGCCUUUCCUUACAUGGAGGACCUUCGUUAUGCCUAG